AUGGCUGCAUUAUACGCGGUACGGCAUGUUUUAACGAGAACGGAUAGUUUCUUACUUAAGCCUAAAUAUUGCCAGAAGAUUUAUUUGUUAAAUUCAAGUUGCAAAUUGACUCUUGGGCAAAUUGCUUGCAAGAAAAAAAAGAUUGACAGUCACUCUGAUGCUCCAUUUAAAAAUGAAAAAGCAGGUGAAAGUCCAGACGAAGAUAUCAGCCCAGAUUUGAUUUCUGCUGUUAAGGAUGUUGCAAACUCAAUGCCAGGCGAUAAGGUCACUGUACAAUCUGACCUCUUGCAGAAAUUAUUGGCACAUAAAAAAGUGAUAAAAAAACAAAAGCAAUAUCCAACUGAGGAUAUUCCACAAUCACCAAACAUGCAGGAAAUGUUUUCAGGCAUGAAACUCUACAGAGAAGUGGAUGAAAAAAAGCAAGAUAUUUUAACGAAGCAGAAAGAAAGAAACAGAAUACAAGCAUUAAUGCACCAACAAAAUUUAGAUGGUAAAUUGUUCUCUGGACCAUCUCUUGGAAUUUUCACAAAAAAGCCUGUGGAAAUAUCAAAAUCAGAUGAAGAGCCUAGUUUGUGGGACAAAGUAGAUGAAGAGUUGUUAAAUUCUUUGAAAUUACCAUUGCCAUCAAAUCAUUUUGAAGAACUCAUUAACUUGACAAAUGAAGGAAAGUACUGGACUUUUCCUAUCGACAAUGAAGCGGGUUGGGAAGAGGAGAAAAAAAUUGGUUUCCAUGAACAUGUCUUUCUGGAACACUUGAUUGUUGACUUUCCAAAAAAAGGUCCAAUUCGCCACUUUAUGGAGUUGGUUAUUACUGGACUAUCAAAUAAUCCUCACCUUACAGUGCAACAAAAGAAAGAACAUGUUGAUUGGUUCAGAGAUUAUUUUGAAAAAAAGAAAGAACUAAUUGAUGAAGCUCUUAACAGAUAA